AUGACGACACAAGUGACUACAGGUGAGCUUCCUCCCGAUCCCUCUCUCCUUCCUCUCUCUGUUGCCGCCCCUCCAUCCCUCACUCCCAACGCCACGGUGAUGCCCGUUGCCUUGACGACCUCUGACCCCAUGGAGGCAGUCUCCAUGGUGACCAGGUCGACAGGUCAGAGCUCCCCGACGGCGCAGUCUAAAGGGAUGCCCGCCUCGCAGCAGGUCCGGUUGGGUCGGAAACGCCCCCUGCCCUCCUGUCCCAACCCUCUGUUCCUCCAGUGGCUCACCGAGCUGCGGGACGACGCCAAAGGGAAGGGCCUGAAGCUGCAGUACGUCUACCAGAAGGCCAUCAGCUCUCUGAACAAGUAUCCAUUGCCGCUUCAAAACGCCAGAGAGGCCAAAAUCCUGCAGAGCUUUGGAGACGGCAUCUGUAAAAUACUGGAUCAGAAACUGCAGCGAUAUCUCAGAGAGAACGGUCCAGACGCUCCGAUCCACUCUCUCCCUGAAGGAGCGCCCCCUGCUGGCCGACAGGACAACAACAGCCUGGAUCCAUCCAGAAAGGUUGGCAAGUAUGACCAUGACAUCAAGGGUACAGGGGCUACGUUUGUUUUAUAG